AUGGACAAGGUUCAAUUAGCCAAUCAGGCUGCAGCAAAUUUGCGUAGUCUCAGGAAGCCCGCAAAGGCGUAUCGCCUGCCAAGGUCAACGCCAGAGGAUUGGCUGAGCUCGAGUGUGUGUGCACGCGCGCAUACACAAACCGAAGACAUACGGUAUCCUAUCGAAAAAAUUCUUGCAAAGCCGAGCAGCACAUCUGCACCACCCAAGCUUGCAUGCCUACUUCAUCGCGACGAUAAUUUCACAUCUCCUGCGAAAAUGGCAGUGUCAAUGUACUACCCGGUGAACCGCCGACAGUCCAUCCACAGGAUUCCAGCUUACCUGCCCACUGAACCCCCCCAGAAACCCGCCUCUCCCGGCGAAUCCUCGAGGACACUUAGCGGGGACAGCAAGAGCACCUCCUCCGGCUACGUGACCCCGCGCAUCGUGCACAUGGAGGGAUUGGGGAGAAAGCGACCACCACCACCACCGGCGCCGCCGCCAUCGUCCUUUCAUUUCACUCGCCACCAAGACGGCAUGUCGCCGUAUUUGCGUAAAAACAACUCGAACGCUGGCCACGACGCCUCCGUGGAGGCUGUGGUGCACGCGGGGAAGAAGCGCUCGUUUAGUGCGCUCAAGAGGCAGCACCAGGAUAGGUUUUACUAUGGGCCUCGCGAAAGAUCGAUUCCGUCCAGUCGAUCACACACGGAGUUGUACCCACCGCUGUCCCCAUGGCGGUUUGAAGGCCAACGCAGAGGUAGUUACGGCCACGAGUGUCCACCAAUGCUCUACGCCCACAGGGGGCAAUACCGCUCGUCAAACUUCAACAACAAUAAUCGCGGUUCUCGGACCUCCGCCUACUUCCCAUCGACCAGUAGUACAGCGUCGUGGAAGGGUGGGUUCGAGCCCUCCCCAAUUCCUCUGCCUCAACCCCCAUUCCCAUAUUCAGCCGAUCAAAACACCAGUGUUGCCGAGUCGCGAUCACAGCUGAGUCAAGAUCGACAGUGGCAUAGCCUUCAGGAGAAACCCUCAUCGUUUGAUGACUCCAACGAAACGGAAUCGCUCACAGAAUUCACUGAAAAAACGACUCCUAUGCCAUCCCUCAAGUUGUUAGACAGAAGAAAACCCAGAACCACAGAGGUCGAGCGUCACCACAGCGAUCGAAUUGUCACCGACUUGACUGCUAAUCUUAGAGGCCUUGACCUCUCGUCCCGGGCCCUUUGCAAUCGAAGCAACAGCCUAUCCGCUUCCAUACACCCUUCCAGUUACCACUUGGACGGUGGGUUUGUGGACAAUGCUGAAGAAACCGCCCUUGCGGCCUUGGACGACGCUAUUAACGUCGAUUUCACGAGGUUCUCUGCAGUCGCGGGUCCUGCAACCAAGGGUCCCACUCAAAUCAUCCGCUCCUACCUCGGCGAGGCCGAGACCGAUUUGAAGAAACCGCAGGAGCGCCAGAGGAAUGGUGUCGCCAGUCCCACCACUCUUAGUGUGAUUGAAAUUGAAGAAGGAGAGGCGCGAGAUGAAGUAGGCACCGCUACCGACUGCUCUGACAACGAGGACGAUUUAUUCCAUUUCGACGUGGAACCUGGGGCGGUAUUACGCAGACUGCCACAUGCUCCUGAUGGCGACAUCCCAGGUCAAUCGAAAAGGUGGCUCGACGGUGUUCACAUUAAGUCUUCCUCCCCAGCGGACAUUAGCGAUAGCUCAGAUAUUGAUCUUUAA